AUGCCCAAGCAAAAUAUCGGUGGGUGGCGGUCUGGCCUUGCCUUCGCCACUUCAGUGGCAGGCCUGGUUACACUCACCAACCUGGUUUGUCUCCUCGUCGCCCUUCCGAUUGUUGACAUGUCCAGCAACGGCGAGGGCUAUCUUUACACAGGGAACUGCAAAACUGCCAAGCAAUUCAGCAUAUGGAUUCAUCUUGCCAUCAACAUCUUGGCCACCCUGCUGCUCGGCGCUGGAAACUACACUCAACAGGUUUUGACUGGACCUACGAGACCCGAGCUUGACAGAGCUCAUGCCAAACAGACGUGGCUAGACGUCGGUGUUUCCUCAAUCCGGAACCUUGGCAAAAUCUCUUUCAAAAGAGUGGCGGCAUGGACGGUAUUAGCCAUUAGCUCGCUUCCUAUCCACUUGCUCUACAACUCGGUUGUGUAUUUCGAAACCAGCGCCAACAAGUACUGGGUAUACCCUACCACGCACAGAAAUCUCGUCAACUCAAGUUACCCGUAUAGAAACGAAGAAUUUGAUGCCCUCAAGACGUCACUAAACGAGUUUGAAAGGCUCACUAAUAGCGAGUGCAUGGCUGCAUAUGGCCAAAAGCUCGUAUCCGGUCGAUCUGAUGUCAUCCUCAUCCUCGAUCCCUCAACAGUCGACACUAAGUUCAGGUACACGGUACGGUGGUCCGGAGACCCUAACAGACGUGGGUCAGAGCCGUAUGACUGGAUGUGCGGCAGAAAAGCCUGGGCGGAUGAGCAGUGCGAUGUGUCUUCUCUAGACGUAGACAACUGGCCGCUUUAUUCCGACGACAAAUGGGUGAAUAAGACCUCCCCACGGGUGGAAUAUUGCCUCAGCAAACAAACUCCUGAGUACUGCAAACUGGCCCUCAACAUAUACCUUCUUGCUAUUGUUGUGGGAUGCAACGUGGUCAAGCUUAUCGGGCUGGGCUUGACUUGGUUGUGCUUGAAGCAGCAGCCGCUCCUGACUCUUGGAGAUGUCAUGGCCUCGUUUCUCCAAGACCCAGACCCAGGCACUAAAAGCCGCAGCCUCAUGUCAAAGUCUUCUGGUCACCGACUGUACUGGGGGCCCGAGUUACGGGAAUGGCUCCCGGGGAAACACCGUUGGGCUGCAUCCGUCUCAGUCCUUCGAUAUGGGGUAACUGUAGUCCUUUGUGCUGGCGCUCUCUCUUUGACCUCUUACCUCUUAUAUCUGGGGGUUGAGCACGUGUCUGUAUACGAAACGCCCAGUUUGGCCGCCCUGUGGAACCGAGGCUUUGGGCAGGUCAGCGUUGACACUCUCAUCGAUUUUACAGAAAUCAUGACUUUGGAGGGACCUGUGGUGAUGGUGCUCGUUGCCAAUCUUCCGCAGCUGAUUCUUUCCCUGCUUUACACUGCACUGAAUGGAAUGUGGACUGCCAUGCUCGUUGGAGUAGAAUGGAAUACCUAUGGUCAAGAACACAAAGGUCUUCGUACGAGCUCCCCGGCCGGAAAUCAGCGUAGGACUUACUGGCUGUCGCUUCCUUUGAGAUACGGACUGCCUCUUCUUGCCGGGUCUGCAGCAUUGCACUGGCUCAUCUCUCAAUCUAUCUUCUUUGUGAGACUGGUCAUCUACGAGGACGGAACAAAAACGGAUGUCCAGGGGCAAGCACUGCCAUCGUGUUUACGAUAA